AUGUCUAACGAGGAAGAUCUCAUCGAUUAUUCCGACGAGGAGCUCGGAACUAAUGAGUCGGCCCAGGCAGUCACAAAUGUCUCAAACGGCGGCACUAAAAAGGGAGAUCUGACUGUUUCAGGAGGCAACUCAGACAAAAAAGGAUCGUACGUUGGUAUCCACUCUACCGGAUUUCGCGACUUUCUUCUCAAACCAGAGCUUCUACGUGCCAUAACAGAUUGCGGGUUCGAACAUCCUUCGGAGGUCCAGCAAGUAUGCAUCCCUCAAGCGAUCCUCGGAACCGACGUUCUGUGCCAGGCCAAGUCCGGUCUCGGAAAAACAGCCGUUUUCGUUCUCACAACUCUCCAACAAGUUGAACCCGUAGCAGGAGAGACUUCGGUAUUAAUUAUGUGUCACACUCGAGAAUUAGCGUAUCAAAUCAAGAAUGAGUAUACAAGAUUCAGCAAGUACAUGCCUGAUGUCAAGACUGGCGUCUUCUACGGUGGAACACCCAUACAAAAAGAUGCCGAAGUCUUAAAGAAUAAAGACACACAUCCACAUAUCAUAGUCGCUACCCCAGGUCGACUUAACGCACUCGUGCGAGAUAAAUAUUUAAGACUCGGCAGCUGCAAAGUUUUUGUUCUUGAUGAGUGUGAUAAAAUGCUUGACCAGAUUGACAUGCGUCGCGACGUUCAGGAAAUAUUUCGCGCCACUCCCACACAAAAACAAGUGAUGAUGUUUAGUGCCACGCUUUCCCCUGACGUCCGACCUAUCUGCAAAAAGUUUAUGCAGAAUCCCCUAGAGAUCUAUGUUGAUGACGAGACCAAGCUGACUCUUCAUGGCCUUCAGCAAUACUACGUGAAGCUUGCGGAAAAGGAGAAAAACAGGAAGCUCAAUGAACUCCUUGAUGAGCUACAAUUUAAUCAAGCAAUUAUAUUUGUUAAGAGCACCAUACGAGCCACUGAGCUUGAUAAACUCCUACGGAGUUGUAAUUUUCCUUCUGUCGCAGUUCAUUCUGGUGUCAGCCAAGAAGAACGUAUUAAACGUUAUAAAGCUUUUAAAGAUUUUCAAGAGCGUAUCUGCGUUGCAACAGACGUAUUCGGACGCGGAAUUGAUAUCGAACGUAUCAACCUCGCUAUCAACUACGAUCUUCCUGGUGAUGCCGAUUCCUAUCUUCACCGUGUUGGUCGGGCCGGUCGGUUUGGAACUAAAGGUCUAUCCAUCUCUUUUGUGAGCAGUGAAGCCGACGAGGAGGUCCUGAAGUCGAUUGAAAAGCGAUUCGAAGUUGCACUCCCGGCUUUUCCAGCAGACGGAGUCGACGCGACAACAUAUAUGGCAAGUUAA